GGUAGGCGCUGAGCUCCGGGCGGCCGGAGAGGCCCGAGCGGUGCGUCCGCUGCUGGGUCGCUCGCUUGGACUCGGGGAGUGGGGUGGAGAGGCUCGGGGCUGGUGAAUUCCGGGGAAGGAGCUUCAUCUAAUCCCCCAGUUGUCCUCCCCUCAGCCUCCCAGAGUGUGCCUUGACCCCGCAUCUCUCUGGAGGCCAUAGGCCCCUCCCUCCCUAGGGCGGCCCCUCCCCCUAGGCCGGUCCACUCCUCUCCCUCCACUCCCUGCAUCCACACCCCGCGGCCUCUGCCUGCCUCGCAAGGACCGUCACUUGCUCACCGACGGGAAUGGUGUGCUCUGUACGUGCAUACGGAGAAGGCCCCCUGGCCGGAGCCCGAGGCGCCCUCCGCCCCGGCUCCCCGGUCUUCAGUGGUCCCCAGUGUUUCCAGGUCUUCAGGAGCUGCUCGCAUCACAGGAGCUACAGCAUCUCCCACUCAGAGCUCCGGCCCUUCAUCUGUGGCGAGGCCUUCAAGCGCCCCAGCGAGGUGUCGCUUCAUACACCAGCCCCGGUUGGGUCGGGCUCACACCUGCCCGUUGUGUUCUGGCGUUUUCAGGAUGUGGGGCAGCUGGCCCAGCAGGUCCUGGACCGCUUGGCUGGAAGGAAUUUCCUGGACAAUGGAGAGACCUUAGGGGCUCCAUAGAAUCUCUUGUGUCUGCUACAGAAGGUAGAGGCUGGGUCUUGGCUUCACUGCUUACUUGCUGUGAUCUGAGGCUGCUCUCUGGGCCUCAGUUUUCUCAUCCUGAAAUAGGGAAUGGCUUGUGGUCCCCAGCCAUUCUGGCCAGAGGGGAGAGGCAGGAGUCUCUUGUUGAAUCCCUGACGCUGCCACAGCCUCUGUUUAUAGCCUGGAAUCGAUGACCAUCCCAUUCUGGAACUCAGUUUUCCAAUCUGUAAGAUGGGAUAGAACAAAACAUCUUUAUCAGCUGCCUCCCCGCCCCUCCCCAGCUGCUGCGGUCGCCCCACUCUGGUCCCUGCUCGUGGACACGCGCAGCGAUCGCUACUAGUUCACGGCGCAGCUGGAGGACGACCUGCGGGCGCCUGGAGUGCCGCCACGCGCCAAGCUCCAACCCUCCGCGUGCACCCGGCCUUCCAGCGCUCCGGCCACCUGGCGCGGCCAGGCACAGACCCCGCGUGAGAUGCUCGUAAAAAGCGGGCAAUUGGAGAGGCGGCGGAACCUUCGUUGUGGCGCGCGCGUUUCCGGCCGGCGCCCUUUCCCAGGGACGCCGCCGCCCCUCGCGCCCCUGCGCCCGCGCCCCCCGCGCCCGCGACCCCGGCGCCGCCGGCCCGGAGCUCCCCGAAGUCUCGGUCCCGCCGCCGCCGGCACUCGCGAGGGGAAGUCCGGGCCGCCCGGGACCUCGGCCCGCUCCUCCGGACCCGAGAGGCCGCUGCACCGGCUGCCGCUCCAGAUGCUGCUGCUGCCGCCGCGGCCACCCCACCCUCGGUCCUCCUCUCCGGAGGCCAUGGACCCGCCGCCCCCCAAGGCUCCCCCUUUCCCCAAGACGGAAGGCCCUUCCUCCACUCCUUCCUCGGCGGCGGGCCCCCGACCCCCGCGGCUGGGCCGCCACCUGCUCAUCGACGCCAAUGGGGUCCCCUACACGUACACGGUGCAGUUGGAGGAGGAGCCCCGGGGCCCGCCCCAGCGCGAGGCACCGCCGGCAGAGCCCGGCCCUCGCAAGGGCUACAGCUGCCCGGAGUGCGCUCGGGUCUUUGCCAGCCCCCUGAGGCUGCAGAGCCACCGCGUGUCGCACUCGGACCUCAAGCCCUUCACGUGCGGAGCCUGCGGCAAGGCCUUCAAGCGCUCCAGCCACCUGUCGCGGCACCGUGCCACGCACCGUGCCCGCGCCGGCCCGCCGCACACCUGCCCGCUCUGCCCACGCCGCUUCCAGGACGCUGCGGAGCUGGCGCAGCACGUGCGCCUCCACUAAGUUCCAGACCCGGCCUGUGCCGCCCGGCCCCUCUCUGGGCCACCACGUCUGACCCACACAGCGUUACUCCCACACACACUCCCUUACUCCGCUGAGGUUACUGCCUUACCUUGGGCCUCAGUUUCCCCAACUAUCUAAAGGGAGAAACAUUCCUUCCUUCCCUCCCUCUCCAGCUGUGUGAUGUAGACCAAGUCGUUGCCCCUCCCUGGGCCUGGGAGCCAGUGGGAGCCCAGUUUCCGCCCAGCUGUGCUGUGUGAGCCUUUGCAAGUGGCGUAACCUCUCUGAGCCCUGGUUUUCUGCUCCGAAGUGGUGAACGGUCGUUGUCUGCGUGGAAGAUCUGACAAAAGAACACGGGCACGGUCUGGUUUAUUUCUGUAUAUCCCCCCUUCCACCCGCCACCCUCACCCUUUAUUCAAUAAACAUUCCGCACUCCA